GAAGUCUGGAAUCGACAACAAGAACGACGGUUGAAGAAUUUUUUCUGUAUGGAAAAAUUGCCCACGAUUGGCAAGGAGAAUUUGUUUGACGCACUCAAUUGUUCGCCGAUUUCGCCAAGUGGCUGCGAACUUUGUCAAAAGACGACAGAAAAGUUGGUAUAUUCGCCGUUGUCUGAGCGAAAUCUCGUACUCCAAGACAACAGUCUGCGAUCGCCAGAAGCUCACAGAUCGUCUAAGGCUGGUUUAUUUCUAAGCACUCCAGUGGAGAAAACACCGGAUCUUUUGCCAGAAGAUCUCCCAGAUUGGGAAGAAAUCCGUAGGUUGGAUGAAGACGAACUUUGGAUAGAACGAACGCAAGUCGUCACUAAAGAAGAUCAUCUUUUCAACAUUGAAAUUGCCAAGGAAGUUGUUAAUGAUAUCAUUGAGAAUCUUCCAAUUGCGAGUAUGGAUGACAGUACUGCUGAAUGCGACAAUACUGUAGUCGAGGUGAAUCUAUUGAAAGAUGAUUUGACCAAUGGCUUUGAUGGUAUGAAAAUUUCUGAAAAAAUUGAAGAAAUCCAAAAUGGAGGUGAUUUUGUGUGCGAUGAGAGACAGGGAAAUGUUGCCAUAGACAUGAAAGAUGUUGUUCAAAAUAACGAAGAAGUCCCAUCGUCAGAUGAACCAGUCAUACAAAGUCAUGGUCAAGAAGAUAAUGAUUUUAUACACUCAUGUUCAGAUUUAGACACGACGGUUAAGGAAAUUUCGGCAAACGACGAGUCGUGUUUGGAAAAUACGAUAUCAGAAGACAUCAGUCUUGAAGAUUUAGAUGAAACGGUCAAAGAAGUAACUCCAGAUGAACAAGCGAGUUCAGCACUCACAACACAGUCAGAAGAUGAUUAUGCAAAUUUUGAGUUUGAUGAAAGCUCUUUCAAGCCAGCUGCAGAGUUUGGUCUCGAGUUAGACUUCCUUGAAAACAUUGGAACGACUGGCGCAGAUCACGAAAGCGAUUUGGCAAGGCAAUCGUUAUAUGUGAAAUUUGAUCCACUCGUAGAGGCCAGAAAACCGAAAGAAACGGAACAAGAACCCGGUGCUCUUGCAAACAUAAAUCCUGCAGACUUGCUUUUCAAAGGCUCUAUUGCUAACGACGACCUGUUAUGUAUGGACACCCCGCCUGAGAAACCUGUGAUAUCCCGUCGCGCCUUGCUCGCCCAAACGGAGAAAGCGGAGACUGGGGAGAGCACGGCAAUAGCAGCGGUCCAGCCUGUUGAUUUAUUAGAAAUAUCGCCAAGCAAAGAUAUUCCCGCAGCAGAAAAACAACCGGAGGAGGAAGAAGCCUCGAAAUCCGUGGAUAGCACUUUACCUGCUAAAGAAGAAUCGCCACUUGUUCAGCCGUUGCAGUUCUCCAAAACAGACUUAGAUAAGGCCGUCGAGGAGGAGAAGAAUAAGUUAUUAAGUCAAUGGAAUUUACAAAAGAGCCUCCACGAGGCUGAUCUGGAAAAAUUACUCGAUGAAAGAAAUGAAAUUCUUGAAGAGCGAAAUAAAUUAUUGGACGAAAAUAAAGUUGUGAAAACUCUAAUGAUGGAAUAUGAACAGACAAUGGCACAGAUGAUCAAAGACAGAGAAAGCGAGAAAAGCCAGCAGGAAAGAUCGAAUUCAGAAAUUGUUAACGAGCGUGAUCAGCUUCAACGUGACUUACACAACACCGAGAAAUCAUUCGCUCAUCUUCAUGAAAAGUUUGGGAAACUGAAGACUGCCGUGGAGUCGUAUCGAAAGAACGAAGACGUCUUGAAGAAAGUGGUUAAGGAUCUACAGGAAGAUGUGAAAAACUCCGAAGCGAAGUAUCAAGUUUUAAAAGGCCAUGCUGAGCAGAAACUACAGGAAGCAAAUGUUGAAAUAAAUCGAGUUCAAACAACGUUCAAAACAGAACUGGCUGGUCUCCAGGCUGCAUUCAAACGCGAAAAGACAAAGGUCUCUUCUUUACAACAAACUCUAGAUCAAAAAAUCAAUGAAAACAAAGAGCUUACAGCAAUUUGUGACGAACUUAUCAGCAAAGUGGGGCCAAUGCCUUAAUUUAGCUAGAACUGUGUAAUGUGUAUAGAUUAAAAGUAUAUUUAAAUUGUCAAAUGUAUAUUUGAAAAUAUAGAAAGAAAGUGCGUUUAUAGACACUUUCUUGUUUUGUAUCAA